AUGCCAAGCCUCUUCACUGCAAAACAGGCUGGUGCCCCAAGUCCGCAAGAUGUCAUAGCCACCCAUCGGCGAACCUUCGAAAAUCGUGUAGCGGAAGGAACACUUCGACCUAUGGUUCUGCCAUAUCAUCUUUAUGGCUAUAUAUUGUUAGGAAUAUAUCUCUCUGUGCGACACACGAAUCGACCAAUAUUAUACAAGGCUCGGUGGAUAGUGUUGGCUAUUAUGACAUGGUUUCAGCUCAAAACGCUUUGGCAUACGAGCAGCAAGAAUAUGGCAAUUAGUUUUGUGGCUGGCUUGAUGAGUUCUUAUGGUAUCGCUACAAGUUUGACCUGGCUGGUGUUUAUGCGGCCGCAAUUCGAUGCUAAGAGGAUUGAGAGGAGGAAGAUUCAGAAAUACAAAUCUGCCACUCAUGAUAACGAGGGAAAAGCUACAGCAUAUGCAGAAAGUACGGAAUCUGGUUUAAGGCCGCGUGUAAGAAUAAAUGGAGAAGGAGGUAGAAGUACUGUUGGCUCAAAGGCCUCAAGUGGAAGAGAUGUAGGGACAACCCAUGGCCAAUCAAACGCAGAUGGAAUGACAGAGUUUGAAUAUUAUUGGCAAUCAUACCCAGAUAAUAUCCGGGAGAGACUCGACUGGAUAUCUGACUUGGUCAUUAAUUUCCGUGGACCUGGCUGGAAUUGGACAAUUUCCACUCUCCCAAAGCCUCCCCCUUUCAUCUAUGCCAAAUUGGGUGAACCUGCAGAUGAAGCAUCUAAGAAUAAUAAAUCCUCGACCGGAAUCAAGCGCUUUACCACAAGGCUUGAAAUUCUUCGAACUCAAGUUCCUCGCUUCAUCAUUGGAUAUUUCUUACUUGACGCUGUUAAAACUACCAUGAUGAAUGAUUCAUAUUUUUGGCUUGGCCCUAACGACUAUGCUAUGUCUGCCCAUGCUGCAGCAAUGUCCCCACUCAUACGCUGUGUAUAUCGCGAGCUGUUAUCAAUAGCUGGGGUCCUUAUUUCGUUAGAUAUGGCCUUCCUUCUUGCUCCUAUCACAGGAUGUUUACUUCUUGGCCCGUCCUCCUUCAUGGGUCUCAGAGGUGAACCAUGGUAUUACGCCACCACCUGGGGUUCUUUCUCAGUAAUCGCGAAUAAAGGCCUAGCUGGGCUUUGGGGAGGUGCCUGGCACCAAAUUUUCCGCCUUAUAUUUUCUGCACCAACAAAUCAUCUUAUCGCAAACAGAUAUCUAAACCCCAAAAGCUCAAUUACAAAACUCAUCGCUUCUAUUUUUGCUUUUGGUAUAUCUGGGGUUCUGCAUGCUAGUGGUAGUAUAUCUCAAAUUCCCUCUACAAAACCUUGGAAUCCACCUAUAUUCUUUAUGCUGCAGGCUCUUGGGAUAUACCUACAAACGGGCCUUUGCACUCUUUUUGGUAAAUACAUCAAAAAGAUACCGAAGCCGAUAAGGCAAACAACGAAUGUGGUAUAUGCAUUAUCAUGGGGUCUUUUGACUGGGUGGUGGUUAGCGGAUGAUUUCGCUCGAGGGGGCAUUUGGCUUUAUGAACCUAUUCCUAUUUCUAUAUUUAGAGGACUUGGGUUUGCUGGUAAAGAUCAUGGGUGGUGGUGUUGGGAGCAUAUAGGUGUUGGGUGGUAUACGGGAGAGCAUUGGUGGCAGAGUGGUGUUACUAUAUGA